UGUCCUGAAAUAAAAAUGGCCGAAAUACGAACGUCAAAACUUGUGGGGUGAUCACUUUUGUUGAAAACGUCCUAUCAUUCUUCGAAAAUUUCACAAAAAUUGUUGAUUAAGUGUCAGUGACGUUAUAUAUAUUGUGUGUUUGUGUAGUGCUUUGUAAAUUUCCAUUGUAACUCUAUAUUCUGGAUCUUCAAUCACUAGAGCCUUCGUCUACGUUCUUUAUAUGAACAAUGUGAGCCCCGUGGCAUGUGUGCCGCGAAGGCGGGGCUGGUGUGCGGCGCGCUGGCGGCCCUCGCGCUCCUGCUGCUGGUGCUGGCCGCGCGCUGCCGCCGCCGCCGCAAGGGCGCGCAUCUCACCGCGCCGCAUCAGGUGCAUAUAGUCCGGUUUUCGUCACCGGCGCCGCCACGUGCUCGCUUGUUGCCGCCUCCCUGGCGCGCCUCCGCCCCGCCUGCAGCACACCCCGCUCCCCCAAUCACAAUACUUCCUACAAACGCUACCCUUACCGGUGCCCCAGCUGACCCUGACCGCGAGACAGAGCCUCCUCAAAUACUAAUUGUUCAAAACACAGUUCCGCAAAGUGGUCCAUCUACUUCAGAACCUAGUCUUUCUGAAUUUCGUGGGAUCCCUAAACUACCGUUACCGGAACAGUGGUUGCCUCGGCGACCACUGGAUUGCAAAUAUUCUGCGACCAUCCCGCGUCCAUUAGCACAAAUUGUAGAUUCGGAUCUCGGUGCAGAUAUUGCGAGGGAGUCUCGCGCCAAAAAGUUUAGUGCAACUAGAUCGCCUUCUUUAGAAAAAGACGAUAAAUCUCCUUUUUUAGGCAGCGCCAAAUCUGAUAAAUCGGAAGUUUUUGGGUUUGACGCAGACGCUGUUCAAAAAAUUGCAAGUGAAAAUUUAACUACAGAAACGGAAUUCGAAGAAGCGAUGACAUCACCCAAAGAAAGCGAAAGAGGUCAAGAAUCGCCAAGUAAUCUUAGAAGAUUUCGGUCUGUUAGUACUAGGCUGAAUAUGUGUAGUGUGACAGAGAGUCCACAUUUAGAAGGCCAUCAAGAGAGACUGGAAAUGCAAAAUUCACCAAGGAUACUCGAAUGUAGCUCUGCAAUAGAAAAACCUGCUGGAUCGAAAUUUGACUUCUCGCCUAAAAUUCUAGCUGAUUGCUUAAGUUCUCCAAGAUUUUUUACACCACCAGAAACAGUAUCGCCAGCAUUUUUUGCCGAACCUUCACCUAAAUCAGUUUAUUACGAUAGUGUAAGGUCACCAAAAUUUUUUCCAGAGACUCCUCGAGAAUUUUCUGAUGCACCACAGUCGCCAAGAGCGCUUGCUGAUAAUUUAAAUAGAAGUAAUGGAUUAGCAGAGAAGCCUAGUUCGCCGAGAGUCCUCAGUGCGAGACCAAGCCCAAAAAUCCAUAGUUGCAAUAAAGAAAAUUACUUCACAUUUGAUCAAGUUAAUUUGGAAGAAGGAGCCACAAGAAUGUCUCCCCGACCUAAGAAGUAUGGUGGUAGAAAUUCUAUAGAGAAGGAAAGGUUUACACCUCCCGCUGAUAAAGAAGUAAAAAAAUAUAGAAGGCAUAAUAGUUGCGACACGAAUUAUAAAAAUAUAGAGUUAAAUAUUACGACAUACGAUGAUAAUAAAGAAUCAGAAGCUAAAAGCGAAAUUAUAGAAAAAGACGUAGUCGAUUGCUGUGCCAAAAUAGAAUCUUUACAAGUCGACGAAAAGACAGACGAAAAGUACGAAUUAACACCAACACACUCAAAUACAGCGCAAGCUAGAAGACAAAGACUGAAAUCUAUAUCAUUAGAUUCAGAUAAUGCAAAAAUUAUAGAACAGAACUUAGGUCUGCCUAUAGCGAAGCAGAUGAAAGAACAGAUGAAUGAAGCUUAUAAGAAUCAGGAAGUGAGUACUUCUUGUGAAAGUAUGGAGAGGCAUCCUAAGUCGCCGAUGGCAGACAGACCAGUUUUUAAGUUUGAUGACGAGAGAAAAGAUAAAACUCCUGAAGGUGUGGAAGUGGAAGAGGAAGACACUAAAUCACCAGAUCUUAUACAAAAGAAAUGUCUAAGACAAAGUUCGGACACACAAUCCUUUUUGGAUAUGCCUAGAUUUUCGCCUAAAGAAUUCGAAAUCACGGUUACAAGCGAAGAAGGAACAACAAUUUCAACAGAAGCUCAAACGAAACGAAAAGGAAAAAAUUUACGAAACCUUACCAUUGAUUUAACGAAACGAGACAGCGAUUUGGAAAAAGAAUUGUUAGAGUUUGAGAAAUUAUAUACUGAUGCUGAAGAGAAGAAAGUGAAAACGCCUACAUUGAAAGUUAAAGCAACAUCCUUAGAUUCUUCUGAGACUGUCAAUUUGUCCUUGCCACAGAAAAAAACUUUGGAGGUGCCUCAAAAUUCUGUCUCAGUUCCUAAUACUCCCAAACGUCAGUUAAAACGUAUACUGGCACAGAAAAGUGUAAACUCCAAUUUCGUAGGAGCAAAAAUGGGAUAUAAUUCGAUAUUAUCUGGGGCUGAGCAGCGUCGCUUGUUAAUGAAAGGUCAAGAUAGUGGUAUCUUCCUCAGAGAGAACCAUGCCAAUCUCAUGCUAUACCAACCAGGCACUUCCCGCAUGGGGUCUCGUACCAUGGGUUCUUUCGAUGAGAAUAUGACCGAUUUUGCCGAAAAGCCAGAAAUAAACAUAUCAGGUGCCGAUAAUCGGUACCAUAUAGAAUCAGGGCAAAUAUUAGGAUCAAAUUUGCUUAAUUACAAACAAAAUUUAAGUGUUUCUAGUACAAAUCUUAAAACUUUGCCUGAAGGAGUACCUUCCGACGAUUUUGAACCGAGUGCCGAAGAUGAGAAACUCGUCAAAAAGUUGCACAGGAGAAAUUCUAACCAAAGUCUAAUGCUCAGUACACACAGUCUACAAAGCUCAAAUUGCUCAUUAAAUAGCGCGGGAACAUCAACCCAUAAUUUGGCAACAGUCAGAACAAGCAUAUCGAACUUCAGCCUCAACGACUGUCGUCAGAAAAAAUUGUCCUUAGAAAGAAGGGAUUCUAAUACAUCUCUAAUAAAUACAGAACAUCUGACUCCAACAACGAGAUAUAUGUUAUGUUCUUCAAAUACCAGUUUGUCUGGAGACGUGUCAAAGAAUUGUCUAUUGCAGCGACGUGGUUCAAAUAACAGUCUGACAUUGAAUAUACAUUCUUCUAAUCUUAGUAGACAUUCUAGUAAUAGUUCAUUAAAUAAGGAGGCAAAACCUGGAGUGAAAAAGGGUCUACUGGAACGUAGAAGUUCCAACACUUCGCUAACUUUAAACAUAAAUACUUCAAAUCCCCAAUUAUCUGUAAAUAGAGGAUUAAGCAUCUCAAAUUACAAUCUAAACGGGUCUACGUGCAAUCUUAGUCGCUAUAACAGUAAUCAUAGCAUAGAUAAUACUACAGGAGAGCCUAGAAAGGGCAUUUUAGAGAGGCGCAGUUCGAACACUUCGCUUACUUUAAAUAUACAACCCCAGGAGCCAAGAGACUUAGAAAUCGACGAGAGUUUAAUCAAAGAUAACUUGAAAGAUCUACCACAUAGAGAUAAACAUAGAAAAUCAUUGAGUACGGAGAAUUUAAUACCUAAAUCUUAUAGAAAUAGAAGAAUGUGUUCCACAGACAAAUCAAUAGGAUUUGGGUCUCAUGAUAAUCUUUGGUCCGCUUCUUAUACGGAGCAAGACUAUUCUCAAAAUUUAACUUAUGUUUGUGGUGAUCAAGAAAAUGAGAUAAUUUACGCAUUUGGGCGUCAAGAUGAGGCAAGUUAUCAACAAGGAUUCGUUAGGAAUAUUACUACUAAGCCUCUGAGCCCCCAAAGUACGUCUGAAGAUUUUAGAUUGUAUUUGGCAAAUAUGCAACAUCUUCAGAAUGCAUCUAGUGUACUAUCAAGGCAGCAGCUACGAGACCUGAAUGAUGUAUUUCAAAACGGAUACUCCAAAGUAAAAUGCCAUAGUUCCACUGAAGGGCAGCAUUGCUGUUCAGGUCGAGUGGAAGAUAUUACAAAGGAUAACCCACAAAUGGUCAUCCCAGAGCCAGUUACCACCCAACCAUGCUCUGAGUACCAAAAGACUUUAUUAAGAAAUCUUCACCAAGAGUUUUGGGAUAUGCCAACAAACUUUCAGGAAAAGCCGAUAGUGUCAGGGUCUCAUCCAAAGAAUAGAUAUAAGACUAUAUUACCGAAUGAGCAUUCCAGAUUUAUAUUGAAAGAUGAAGUGAGUGAGGGAUACAUCAAUGCCAAUUUUAUUAAGGGGCAUGAAUACUCUAGGAAUAGUUACAUAGCCACUCAAGGACCAUUGCAGAACACCAUUUUCGACUUCUGGCUCAUGGUCUAUCAGAACUCAACAUCUUUCAGUCCUGAGCCUCCAGACCCUGGUCCAUCUACAUCACCUGGAGUUCAGAAAAUUGUGAUGCUCACCAACUUCAUUGAAAACAGUAGACAGAAAUGUGAAAAGUACUUCCCGUUAGAGUUAAACGAAGAAACUUCCUUCCAAUGCCCUAAAGAGAAUGAGGAAGAGGGAGAGUUAAGUAGUUUCACGAUCAAAAACUGUGGUAUGGUGAAGAAAUCAGGGUAUACUAUCCGGAAAUUGGAUGUUACAUACCACAAAUUAAAAAUCCAUGAUAGUGUCAUAGUAUAUCACUACUGGUUUCACAAUUGGGCCGACCAUAAGUGUCCAAAAGAUGUUAAUGCUCUCCUCAACUUAAGUCUGGAUGUGUUGAAAGACUCAAAGUACGACUUCAACGAAACAAAUAUACAGUGUGAUGAAGUAUGCAAGUGUAAUGAUAGCCCAAAACCAGAUUCUAAAUUCGUGUUUCCACCAUUAGAAACCCAAGUUGUUCCAUGUGAAGUGACUGUAACUGUGUCCACGCCUUUAGACUUCUCCGCUGAGCUACGUUCGCCACCUACAAUUGUACAUUGCUCGGCUGGUAUUGGUCGUACUGGCUGUCUCAUUGCCAUACUGAAUGGUAUAAAGCAACUCACAAACGAACAUAAAGUCGAUGUUCUGGGCAUCGUGUGUAACAUGCGACUAAACCGUGGGGGCAUGGUGCAAAACUCUGAACAAUAUGAGCUCAUACACAAAGUUUUGUGUCUGUUCGAGCAGGCUUGUCUGCCUAAUUUAUAGCUAGGUUAAUUUGAGACAGCAGUGUCUACUGUACAUAAAAAAUUCUAAUUCGUAUAAAUAUAAUGUUAUAUAAAAUUAUAUACACACAGAACAGAAAAAACAGAAGUGACAGACAGAAGUCCUAACAGGACUAUUGUAAAUUAAAAGAAGAUUGAUUUACUAUAAAUCAAUGUAUAUGGAUAGUUUUUUAGAGUGAUUCGUUUUUCAAAUUUGACACACAAAAUUGAACUGCCAACGUGUGCAUGUGCAUGUAAUAAGCAUAAGGUCGUUUGGUUUUAAUAAGAAAUUAAAGUGUACAGUUAGGAUUAUAAGCUACAUAUUUAAACAUAUGACAUACGAUCUAUACUUCGUUGACCAAAAGAGUACCAAUAAAUUACCACUUCUGGUUAUUUUUGUUCUGUGCAUUUACAUAAACGAGUUCAAAUUGUGCUUAUUCCUUUAAUAAAUAUUAUAACUGAAUAUAAGUAUUAUAUAGCCUAAAUUUGGACAUAUUGUGUGGAUAGAUCGAUUUUUAUACUUACCUCUCAUUUUACUAUUGCCAACAUUAACAUAUUUUAUUUUACAUUAGGCGAAUAUAUUAAUACAAAUUUAUUAUUUAAAAUAAUUAUAGGUAUAUAUGGUUACAGUCCGCGUGACAUAACUUGACUGUCUUGAAAUAUUUGUAAGCGACGCAAUUAAGAGACUGUCCUAGCUAAAAAUCGCAAUAUCUCAAACGUCUCUAAAAUGUUUAUAGUCACAAUUUCUAAUCAAAAGUAUCUUUGUCAAAAUUGUAAACAAAAUGUACAACGAUAAUUUAACAUCAAAUAUUUAUUUUAACUUAUCGACAUCACAUUCAACAUGAAAAAUUCUUUUAUGUAGCAGGUACACCUUGUACUUAGCUCUAGCACUAUUCUGUUUUAAUAUUAGAAUGAAUUCAUGUGUCCGUGAUUAAAACUAAAUAAUUAGGAAGAAAGAAAUAAUUAUUAGCAAAUAACAAAGUAUUAAAACAAUUACAAACGGGGUUCUAAACUUGAAAAGUAUACACUAAGAGAUAUUUCAAACAGCGAAGAGACGCGAGCUUAAUCGAUAGUAACCGUCUUCAUCAUUUACUGCUGACCAUAAGACUCCACAGACUGCUACGAAGAAUGAUUCUGAAUCAUGCUCCAUUGAAAUCUAAUCCUACAUUUAAGGCGCUAUUCCAGUAAUAAGAUGAUUACGAAUGUCGCCUUACGAUACUUUGUUUACAUUUACCAGUGGUGUUAUCACUUAAAAACCUUUUUCCUUUACCAUUUAUUGCUUCGUCAAAUGUUGUGACUCGUUUCAACUUCGGCUUGCCGAUUUUUCGAAUUGGCUCUUUGGCACAUAUCUAUAACGUCAUGGUCCUCGUGAAUGUUAAUGCUAAGGGAUACCACACACAUCACAGUGUGUUCAGUGAUGUACAUGGUGCUUUUUUAAUUUUUUUCAUGGUGGUUUCGCCCUGUUGAUUCCCCUGUCCUCCUUGAUUCCAGUUUUAAUCUCUAAGCUAUUAACUUCCUUCAUUUAUUAUAGUACAGUAUACGGCCAAAAUGAUAGACAAACUGACAGUAAAAAUAAUAGAAGAGUUACACCACCACCUUAGACAUAAUAGCGAAUAGUGGAUAAGUCCAAUUAAUUGAUACAAUUAAAUAUGACGUAAGUCAGGUCACAUUUUGUGCAGAUUUAAAUGUUUGACAGGUAAAAACUGCAGCAAUUUUUAAAUAUUUCUUUUUUUAGCACAAUAAAAUAUAAUUUAACAUAUUUUUUUUCGAUGGUCGAUAAAACAUGACAGUUAUAUACCUAUAUAUGUAUAUUAUUCAUAAACUUUACAACUUUAUAGUUUUAUCAGAUGUAUUUGAAUGGUUUGGUUACAUCAUCAACUCUUAGUAACACUUUUAUACCAUAAGAUUUGGAACCUCUUUUAUGGCAACCCAAAAUAAAUACUAUAUUUUUGUGUAAUGGCAUAGCAUCGGCGAUUCUGUGUGCAUUCGUAAAGAAGUGUAUCUAGAUUUUAACAUUUCGAGAAAUAUGAUAAUUCCUUAUUAAUUAUCUACGCCUUUUACAUUAAAUAUCUCCAAGUAGAUAACUUGUAGUAGUUUUUGUAAGGAAAACUACAUAGAUGUAAUUUUUGGCAGUGAUGCUGUUAGUCCCCAUUACUUGCUAUCUCCUUUUAACUCUAUGUUAUCCUGGGAAACAUGGUUAUUUCGUCACUUUAAGCUGAUCGUUUCCCUAUUAUUAUCUAUCACCGAUACCUCGCCAACGUUGUUAUCCAUUAAAAAUACGAUGGUUGCAAAUUGUUUAUUGUGUUUUAAGUAACACUUAUUAUAGGGGAUUUCCUAAAGGUAAUAAGUUGGAUUUCCUUAUACUACCGCGGUAAACAAUGACACCAUUACAUUGUCAAUAUUAAUCUAUUCUUCAUAAAACAAUGUUCAAUUAACAUGACCAUAAUGUUUACUUCCGUAUUUACGAGAGUUGUCGUCGUCACAUAAGGUGACACAUUCGUUUAACAUUCUAUAAUCAGAUAUCCCGUUAAAUACAUUGUUCUUAAAUAAAACAUUAAAUCUAUGAUUACAAGCACACUAGCAUUGGCGUAUAUGAGAUUAUUUUCCAGAAGGGCCUGACUCUUUAAAAAGUCAUGUAAUUUAUUCAUUUAACUUUGCUCGCAUGUCUAGGCGAACACAGAUCACAUGUCCUUGUUAAAUGCUUAUACGCACCAGUAGAGCUCUCUAGACCUGAUAGGGUAUAUUGCUAGCAAUGAGAUGAUUAGACCCAGAUAUUAACAAUCUACCCCCUCCUCCCACCCCAAUAGGUUAUCAUUACUUAAUGUCAUCUAUCAUCAAGACAACCUUCAGUUUAUCAACCCAUCAAUGUUCUGCUAGACGGGUUGGCGGAUAUUUUUGCGUCGAUGUAUUACGGAAAUCGAUUCCUUCAGUAGAAUUCUAUUUAUUUAUAGGUUGAAAUCUAUUUUAUAGAUCCUCAUUAAAAAAUUAAUUAAAAUAAGACAAAGUACAAUAUGUGUGUAGUGACAGAUGCAGUGAGUCAUCACUGAUUUUCAUCUCCAUAGAGAUGAAAUAGAACAGUGAUUAACACCCUUGUUCUUGAACACGGUGAUUUAUAAUAAGAUUAAUAGAAUUAUCAGUUUUUAUGAGUAUCUGUAAAAUGGAUCUGGUGAUGAAUUAUUGAUUUUGUAAACUGUUGGUAUGAAUCGUUGCAAAUGGCGUCGUGAUUAUGACAAUAUUGGUAUUACGUAUGUAAACAUUGUAUUCGACGCGUUGUGGUUUUUGAAUUGUCAUGCUAACUGCAGUUAACUGUGUUGAAAGUAACAUUGGUGGCAACAGAAGGGCAAAAUAUAAAAUUUUAAAUACUUAAUUUUUGUUAAUUGCACUAAUACAUGAAUUCAUUUGUAAUUUAAAACAAAAAAUCACAAACGCUCCUUAUACUUAUUUUGAACCUAUUUAAUUUAUUUAACUAUCACUCUAUAUAUAAUCUUAUGUUUUUAAAAACAUGUUAUUGCCAUUUUCCUUUUUGAACGUGUUUCCUAUUUAGGCGUAGAAUUUGAAUUUUAAUGGUUGUAUGGAAUGGAUGGAUUUAGAUUCUUUCGGGAACGAUAUUUGUGUCGAGCAGUUCAAUAAGAUUUUGAAUUCGAAUUAGCUAAAUACAUCCUGCUGUAUAAUAUAGAUGUAUGAUUUGUCUCUUGGUAGUUACAAUUUAUAUUUAUGUAUAUAGAUAAAUAUUUUAUAUUUUUUGUUAUUUAUUUGUGUUUAUAAGCAUUUAAGGGUAUAAGUAUAUUGUAAAUAUGAGUGUUAAAAUAAUGUAAUUUUUUAUUAUUCUUUAAUAAUUUAUGUGAGAAAUAUAAGUAUAAAAGUGUA